AUGGUAGCUUUCAGUCUCGCCUCUGCCUCACCCGAGGGAAAGGGAGUCAUGAUGGGCAUCUUCUUGCUCAUUUCACUCUUCCUCCUUGGUGUUGACGGCGCCCCUGCUCAGGAUGGCCGAGUCAUCCCGCUCGAGUAUGACUGGGACCCUGCUAACCCUCCCCCCUGGACCAUGCGCCCCGAGGAUCGUGAGCGCUUCCUUGAGAACGACAUUUUCAACAUUGGCAAGCGCAACAACGAGAUCGGUAACUUCACCUCCGUCGCCCCUCUCAACUACACCUGGGACCCCGCGAACCCGCCGCUCUGGGCCAUUCGCCCCGAGGAUCGCAACGGCUCUUCCCAUGCCAACACCAAGGCCAGUAGCGAGCAUAUGAAUGCCGCUUCCGUCGAGCCCUGUUCGGACAAGACCAAGCCCGCCACGCUCUAUUACGAGUACAAGGCCGAGGACUGUCCUCCCAAGAACAAGUUCCUUUCAUUCAAGGCAGGCAAGAUGAGGUUUGACACUUGUGCGAACUGGGACACUGGUGGCGAUUCGAGAUGGUGGAACGACGGAUGCACUUCCUUCUGUCAGCUUCGAACCACUUUCGAGUGGGCUCAAGAAGUUCCUUUCCCGAGUUCCGACUGUCAUUCUCCCAUCAAAUGCGGCAUGACUGAUUCUGAGUCAGUGGGUUCAGGCUGGAGUGUUGGUGCAAGCACCAAGCUUCAAUUCCUGAAGGCGUUCAAGGUUGGUGUCUCUGGCGGUUGGUCUCACAACUACGGCCAAGCGAAGGGCAAGAAGUGGGACAUCAAACUAGAGGCGGGUGAAUGUGGCUACUUCACCUUUGUUCCUGUCAAGAAGGUUGUCUGUGGUGGCAUGACCACUGCCAACCGAAAACCUACAAUCUGGGAUCUCAACUCCUGCGCUGUCGAAGGCAUACAACCCGUCAACUGGAAGUCCUGCGAUAACCAAAUGUGGAUGAUCGAGGGAGAGAAAAUGAAUGGCCAAUUCUCUGGAAACUUGGUCCCUGACGGCGUCAUCAUCUUCGUCUACACCGACUGUCGCACUCGUCUCCCCAUGCCCAUGGAGAAGCAAGACCCUGUCUACCGAGCCCCCGGCGUGGCGCUUGCUCACAGCGUCAUCGACAGCAUUCAGCAAGGCUGGGUCUGGAACACUUGCUACUUCUGGAACAUGAAGGUCCCGGGCAAGAGAGCGCUCUACAUCCGCGGCUCAAACUUCAAGGACGGUGUCAUUGGCACUUUUGGGGAGAACGUCUCCAAGCUGGUCCGUUCUUGUGCUGGAGAGGGUGGAGUUUCCAACAUGGAGUUCGACUGGUAUUACAAUGGUAAGCCCGAUGACACGCCCAAGGAGAAGGGUCCGGUCUGGAUGUAUCAGGCGGAUGUGCCUGACACCAUUCGACCUGGCUGCAUUGGCGAGGGACUCAUGGACAUGGGUGCUGUCACUCAGGACCAGUGCGUUGGAGACAAGCUCCCGAACUGA